AUGGGAUCAGUUAGAAUAACGUUUUAUAUGUUAGUCAUUAGCUCUGCGGUAACACAUGGAGAAGAAAUGAAGGACACUGAUACCUAUAUAAGUACCUUCUUAGCUGAUCUGUGGCUUGAGAGUGCGGAUAUUGUUAAAAUUCUAUGGAGGGAUUGCUCAAAGAAAUUACUUGACGAUAAAGACAUUACCGACCGUAAGGAGUAUUAUCCCAAAUUUGUGAGAUGUAUGAAAAGGAAAACACUACGAGCCCUGGACAGAUCUCUGAGCUUCGAUGAGGUUCCCGUAGCUGAUGGUGUAACCCUGGUUCGAUAUGAUCUUGUUGAUCGAGCUGGUAACAUUGUUUCGGAAAGUCAUAACAGCACUUGGUCAGAGAAGGAGUUAGAAGAAGGUGAAUGGCGUACUUUGGCUCUCCAACGUAUAGCUCAAGUGCUUCGCACUCAUGUGAUUAAGUUUGACCUUGAUUUGGAUCAGGCAGUCGGUAAAGUUGAGUAUCGAGGCAGACGUCGUCAUCACAUGAUGACAAUGAUGAUGUAUGGUAUCGUUUCCAUCGGGAUGGUCCUCAUUCCAAUGGGAUUUCAAUUCCUAGCUGUUCUCGGAGGCAAAGCGCUUUUACUUGCAAAAAUGGCACUUAUCCUGGCAUCAAUACAAGGGUUGAAAAAGAUUGCUACAAGUCCGCUAAGCUAUGGAUUUUACCACACAUACCCAUACGACCAUUAUGAUAAACGAAGCAACGACAAUUGGAUGCAACUUCGAGUACCUUCCAGAAAGAACUUUGCUCAAUUGUCAACAAACGUUGAAAGUUCAGAAGUAGAAAAAUUUAACUAUCGAAGUAUGAAUGAUAUUGAAACAGUCACAUGGAAGCCAAGUGAAUCUAGAAUAAUACACAAUAUGUAA